AGCGCAGUGGAACCAAUGCAGAUAGAUGCAGACCCCCAAGAUGACCAGCAGAAUAUGCCGGAUGUCAAUUAUGUUGUGGAAAACCCAACUCUGGAUCUUGAGCAGUACGCUUCCAGCUACAGCAGUCUCAUGCGUAUUGAGAGGUUACAGUUUAUUGCUGAUCGCUGCCCUCAGCUGAGGGUUGAAGCUUUGAAAAUGGCUCUGUCCUUUGUGCAGAGAACAUUUAAUGUGGAUGUGUAUGAAGAUAUCCAUCGCAAACUUACAGAAGCCUCUAGAGAGGUUCAGAAUGCUCCAGAUGCAGUUCCUGAAGGUUCAAUGGAGCCACCUCCUCUGGACACCACGUGGGUGGAGGCAACACGCAAAAAAGCCCUUCUUAAACUGGAGAAACUGGACACUGAUCUUAAAAAUUAUAAAGGGAAUUCGAUCAAGGAAAGUAUACGGAGGGGUCAUGAUGAUCUGGGGGAUCAUUAUUUGGACUGUGGUGACCUAAGCAAUGCUUUAAAGUGCUACUCAAGGGCUCGUGAUUACUGCACAAGCGCCAAGCAUGUCAUCAAUAUGUGCUUAAAUGUCAUCAAGGUCAGUGUGUAUCUCCAGAACUGGUCUCAUGUUCUCAGCUAUGUCAGUAAAGCAGAAUCAACUCCUGAAAUUGCAGAGCAAAGAGGCGAGCGAGACAGCCAGACUCAAGCUGUACUGACUAAGCUAAAGUGUGCUGCAGGUGAUUGUUGCUCAUAAUGCCAUUCAUUAGGACAAAAUUUUGAAUGUGAUCCCUUAACAAGCCUUCAAAUAAUUUGCCCACCACAGAUGUCAAGCUUACUGGCCUAUAAUUGCCAGGCUGAGAUCGUAAUCCCUUUUAAAUAUUGGAAUAACAUCAGCUUUUCUCCAAUCCAUAGGCACCAUACCAGAUGACAGUGAAUCUGAGAAAAUCAGAAAUAAGGGCUGGUCUAAAACUGAACUAAGCUCUCUUAGAACCCGGGGGUGUAUGCCAUCAGGCCCUGGAGCCUUGUUUACAUUAAUUUGUAUUAAAGCUUUUUGAAUCAUA